AGAAAAGGGGUGGGAUAGCGCUGGGGCUGGAUGGCACCAGCCCUCCCCGCGCUCCCACCCCAACUCUGCUGCCGUCACGUGGUGCUUGUAGUGGGAGGUGGGAAGAAGAGGCGAGACUUUUUUUUUUUUGGGUGCUCUGGCUUUCUGGGUACUUUCCUUCACUAUCAGCUGCAAACUCCUGAGGCGCGGCACUCCGCGGAGACAGCCAAAGAGAGCAGAGCGCGCAGAGCUCAGAACACGAAGCUUGGAGCCCGGGAGCGCCGAGCCCCGAGCCCUGAGCCGGGCGAUGUGGGCGCUGCUGGCUGCACCUGGGGCUUCUCUCCGUGGCGGCGGCGGUAGCACAAGCGGCUGCAACGAGGGCCACAGCAAAAGCAGCAGGAGCCGCCACAACCGGUGCCGUCUCUGAUGCACCUUCCGCUCCCAGUCUGCCGGCUCCGGGAGGAUGUGGUUCCUCGGUAUCGUUACUACUUUUUGGGGAUUGUUUUUGCUUCCAGGUUUUGCCCUCCAGAUCCAGUGUUAUCAGUGUGAAGAAUUCCAGCUCGAUGAUUGUUCCUCCCCUGAAUUCAUUGUGAACUGUACAGUCAAUGUCCAAGACACUUGUCAGAAAGAAGUAAUGGAACAAAGUUCUGGAAUUCUGUAUCGCAAGUCCUGUGCAUCGUCUGCUGCCUGUCUCAUUGCCUCAGCUGGAUACCAAUCCUUCUGCUCCCCAGGGAAAUUGAACUCAGUCUGUAUCAGCUGCUGUAAAUCCUCACUCUGCAAUGGGCCCCGGCCCAAGAAAAGGGGCAGCUCAGCUGCAAUGCCAAGGCCAGGGCUGCCCACCACCAUUCUUCUCUUGAAACUGGCCUUCUUCUCAGUGCACUGCUGAGAUAGAAGGAGGCUCCCCUCCCCACCCCCCCCCUUGUUUGUUUGGCCCUUUGUCUUCCUUCAACCCUCUUGGUUAUCUUCUGAAAAUGUUUAUAUAGCA